GCGGAAGUAAAGAAAGGAAAGGCGCGUGUGUGAACAGAGCCGAGAGUGUGGGACCGAAAAGAGUCAGCUCAUCACUGUGGUGUUAGCGGCUUUACACUGACUCCCCGAGCUCUCUGUAAUACUUUACAUUCAUUAAUAAGAGAGAGAGAGAGAGAGAGAGAGGGAGGGAGGUGCGUUAACAGUCCCGCUCUGGCGGAGCUUUAUCACGUGACACCAGGCGGAACUAAACAAAAGAAAGGCGCUAAUACUGUAAACUUUCCUCUUGUGUGCCUGAGCAGAGACUCUUCUGUUGUGUUGUGUUUUGUUGUGUUGUUUUAUGUGAGCUGUGGCAGUAACAAUGCCUUCAGUUCAGUAUCUGAGAGAGUUUAUCAACGAGCGACUAACUGCUGCUGCUGAACAAAUAUUCUUGGAGUUUGAAAAAACGAUCGUCCAGUACGAGGAAGAGAUCGACCGUCAGCGCAGACUGCUGGAUAUCACCUGGAAACCCCAAAUCAAGCUGCACAGGACAGAACUCCCACGGCAGCCUGUCUGUAAGGAUGAGGAUGUUCUCCCUGAGCGGCAGCUCUGGAGCCAGGAGAGGAACUCUCUGCACCAGGAGGAACCAGAACUUCCACAUAUUAAAGAGGAACAGGAGGAACUCUGCACCAGUCAGGAGGGUGAGCAGGUUGGACUCAAGGAGGAGACUGAUACCUUUAUGGUGACUGCUGCUGAGGAAAGAGACCACCAUGACCCAGAAGCAAACAGCAACCAGCUCCCUUCUCAAACCUCUCCUAUAGAUGAGAGCCAAAAUUACAGAGGAAGCAGGAGUUUAGACUCAGGGACAAAUAGUAACUUAGAAAGUCAGAGUAAUUCUGACACAGGUAAAGAGUCUUUAACAUGUAAUCUUUGUGGAAAAUCCUUUAAGAAUAAGUACAAAAUGAGUCAACAUCACAGAAUCCACACAGGUGAGAAGCCAUAUUCUUGUGAAAUGUGUGGGAAAAAGUUUUGUCUGUCAUCAACACUUAAAAGCCAUAAGACUACCCAUACAGGUGAGAAACCGUAUUCUUGUAAAAUAUGUGGCAAAAGUUUCACACGAAGCAGUGGUGUGACCAUACACAUGAGAAUGCACACAGGUGAGAGACCGUACCAUUGUAAAACAUGCAGGAAAGUGUUCUCAAGUAGCAGUCAUUUAUCGGCACAUAGAAGAACACACACAGGUGAGAGACCGUAUCAUUGUAAAACAUGCGGGAAAAUGUUCACAUCUAGCAGUCAUGUAUGGCGCCACAUGAAAACGCAUACGGGUGAGAGACCAUAUCAUUGUAAAACAUGUGGGAAAAUGUUCUCAUCUAGCAGUCAUUUAUGGCGCCACAUGAAAACUCACACAGGUGACAAGUCGUAGUCUUGAAACAUUUAGAGAACAAUGUCCAAGAAGCCAAGCUUGAAAGAAGAUCUGAGAAUUUAUACAGGUUCACAGGAGAACUUUCAGAGUUUAAAUACCUUUAAGCUGUGUUCCAAAAUCAUCAUUUAUUGCAUGUUUAUUAUGUAUAAAGCAGAUUUAACCCUGUAAGACCCAAUCCACCAAAAAAUAGCCAGAAAAUUCUUUUUUUUUUUUUUUCGGGGGGGGGCUCAAAUGUUUAAUAA